UUGGCUGGAGCCGCCAUCGGUCAACGCCUCCUCGCGAUGCUAUUGGCCCGGACGACCGCAUGUCCCGCCCCAACUACCCAUUCAUAGCGCAGAGACGCUGAGCUUGGCUGCAGGGAGCCAGAGCUCCAUAUCGAACUCCAUUAAGAAAAACAAGGACUUUUACUGAGAAAAAGCAGAGGAACAUUAUCUCCCUUCUCGAAGCUGCAGCUCCUCACUUCUCAUCGUGAUCAUCCCUCUGAUUCACAACUUCCCAUCUUGGGAGACCUGCCUGUAAGUGAGCUGAGACAUCUCACAUUUUCAACAGGAGCGUUUCUACAAAAGCAUCCUUUUGUAUCCCUGUCACACUUUAGCACUCUUCCUUUUCCUUUUCAUCUCUUCCCUGGAGGCGGAUUCCAAACUUCAGACUGCAGGAGUUUGGGAGACACAUUUUGAGAGAGGCAUCAAAAGGGCAUAGUGUUGCAACUGCUUCCAAAGAGACCCUGGCUCCUGUAAAGAUGGCUGACAUGGUGCAGCCAGACACAAACAGCCUGCAGAUCCCAGGUGAGGAUUUAUCGGCCCCUUCGUCGCCUGCCACAGCGAGAAAUGACUGCAGCAUCACACCGCUCACGCCCUCAUCCUCACCAAGGGUGGAGGUCAGACCUAGGAUGGCCUGCCCAUUCUCCGUCGUCGUGGCGAUUGAUUUCGGGACGACCUCCAGCGGCUAUGCGUUCAGCUUCACACAGGACUCAGACGCCAUACACAUGAUGAAGCGCUGGGAGGGCGGCGACCCUGGAGUGGCCAAUCAGAAGAGCCCAACGUGUUUGCUGCUGACUCCUGAAUUGCGGUUCCACAGUUUUGGGUUUGCUGCGCGGGACUUCUACCACGAUCUGGACCCGGAAGAGGCCCGGCACUGGCUCUACUUCGAUAAAUUUAAAAUGAAGAUCCACAGCACAAGUGACCUCACCAUGGAGACAGAGCUGGAGGCAGUCAAUGGACGCAAGGUCAGGGCCAUCGAGGUGUUCGCUCACGCCCUGCGCUUCUUCAGGGAGCAUGCUCUGAAGGAGGUGAAGGACCAGUCUUCAUCAGUGCUGGAAGGAGAGGAGAUCAGAUGGGUGAUCACGGUCCCCGCGGUGUGGAGACAACCUGCCAAACAAUUCAUGAGAGAGGCCGCAUACCUGACUGUCAGCGAGGGAGCAGCUGAGGCGAUCCAGACACAGCAGAACCUUCCUGGUGGAGAGCGGAACCGGAGACCUGUGGUCGGAGCUGCAGACUGUAUGAACAUAGUGAAGUGGUCGUCCCAGGGGAUGCUGCGACUGACGCAGGAGGCCAUGAACGAGCUCUUCCAGCCCACUAUUGUCAAUAUUGUCAAACACAUUGAGGAGCUGAUGGUGAAGCCGGAGGUACGUGGCGUUCGUUUCCUCUUCCUCGUUGGAGGUUUUGCAGAGUCGCCCAUGCUGCAGAAAGCAGUCCAGAAGGCUUUUGGGAGGACGUGCCGCAUCAUCAUCCCCCACGAUGUUGGCCUGACCAUACUGAAAGGCGCCGUGCUCUUCGGGCUGGAUCCCACUGUGGUCCGAGUGCGUCGAUGCCCCUUGACCUACGGCGUUGGUGUGUUGAACCGGUUUGUGGAGGGGCGCCACCCUCGAGAUAAACUCCUCAUCAAAGAAGGCCGCGAGUGGUGCACCGACAUCCUCGACCGCUUCGUGUGCCUAGACCAGUCGGUGGCUCUGGGUGAGGUCGUGCGGCGAAGCUACACGCCCGCUCGCCUGGGCCAACGAAAGAUCAUCAUCAACAUCUACUGCAGCGCGACAGAUGACAUCACGUACAUCUCUGACCCUGGCGUCAGGAAAUGUGGCACGAUAACUUUAGACCUACCGGAGCCAUUGCCUCUGCCGGGCGCAGUGGGGGGAGCAGGAGCAGGAGGCCAGGAGAGGAGGGAGAUCAGAGCAUCCAUGCAGUUUGGGGACACAGAGAUCAAAGUUACAGCCGCUGACGUCAUGUCUAACCGCUCUGUGCGGGCUUCCAUAGACUUCCUGUCUAACUGAGGAGGAGCAGGAAGUGGAGACGAGGAAGUAACUGAUUUUGAGGAUGAUAAUUUUAGAAAAAGCGGUACUUUGGGAGUGGGCCCCGAUUAUUGUGGGAAGGCGAGGACCUUUGGAUUCCGAGUAGAAACUCAUGACAUUUAGGCUUUUCAUUUAACCACUAGAGCAGAAAAAACAUCAUGAGAGGAACUAAAAAGAAUGAAUAUUCAACUCAACCGUGACAUGCUCUCUAAAAACAAACAUGUCAGCCCUCUGGCUUCAAUGGAGUGAGACGAACAGGUGAGGUACUGAAAGAUUAUCCAGCCUGCAUGAGAACUUCAGCCUCUGGGGACAUUUAUAAAUCAGUUACAGGAGAGACUCGCCUGAAUCAAUAAACUACCUGGAGUGACGCUCACUCAUAUACGUAUUAAAUAAAUGUUAACGUGAAUUGCCUUCUCUCUAAUACACUUAAUAAUACCUCAUUUAAAUCCUAUUUCAAUACUCAACAUAUGAGAUUUUGAUGCCACUACCUGAGAUGGAGCUUUGACUCUUCAGCGCCAUUGUGAUGAUGCACCACUUAGUGGUAAAAACAUUGAACUACAAGCUGAAAUUCUUGGAAUACAGAAAUUGUCAGAAUAAUUAUGUAGAAGGAAGGACUGUGAUUUCAAUGUGUCGCUUACAGGGUAUUUAAAAGAAGAGUUUCAUUUAUAAUUUAAAUUCCAUGUCUGACUGAUGUUACCCUGUAUGUGUUUCUAUUUUUUUUUUUUUUUUUAAACCUGAAGACAUCAGCCUGUCAAGUCAAAAUCAGAAAAUGACCUCUUUAUAUUCUGUAUGCUGUAUUAAGAUGUAUCCAUGGUUAUGAAUAAAC